GCAUUUCAUUCAUCAGGCAUCACACAACUCCAGCUGCACGUAGACAACACAAACACGCGCAGAAUAUUGUUCCACAUCACCUCACCCAUAGCAAAGAUGUCUGAACCAACUCAAGACGAAAUGGAUGGUAACUAUGUGAUUUCAUUAAUUUUCUCUUCAAAUUAUCGAAGUGAAUUUUUAGGAAUUUAAUUUUUACCUUAUUCGUAGAAUACCGAGAUGCGUUCGCCCUCUUUGACGAGCAAGGAGACGGUAAAAUAGACUGCAACCAGAUCGGCAAGUUGCUACGCUCGUUAAAUCUUAACCCCGAAGAUGAAGAUAUUCGCAAGAUUGAAAAAGAUGUCGGUAAGUCAUAAGUCCGUUUUACUUAUCAACCUGACUUGGUAUGCGCUUCAACAGUGCUCUUCAAGUACGUAGCACUUCUCAGGAUUAAUAUUUUGGGGAUCUUUAUACUACAUCAACAUUCACUCUUUUUGUAGUAGCGCCAGCGAUGAUUAAAAUAUGUUAAUAAUUUCGUAUAGCCGAUCCAUUUAAUCUCUCUUCUCGUGUAAAGAUAAAUUUUGGCUAACUAUCUACUGGAGAUCAGAGAAAUGGGAAAUGGGUUUGAGCUACUGCGAUUGUACAAGAGACACUCAGACAGAGGCGCAGCCAGGGUUAUUCUAUAUGUUUAUACUGCCUACUUUCCUUCCUGUGUCAAAGGAUUUAAAGGUCUUUUUAAAUGUUUCACUUACGUUAUUUCGCAACAAACUUUCUUAUAUUGUCACGCAAAGAUAUCAGUCGGUAAAAUACGUUUGUGAUCAUAUAUUGGACUGUGAGCGUAAACCGAAAAAUCGUUGAGGCAUUUUUGUAGCCAGCAAAAAGACACAACUAUUCUUUGAAAUGUGGUUUUAAAAUAACAAAUGAAGACAAAAAAGCCAUCAAAUGCACAAUGGGUGUGUUGUUAUUUUGGUAAUAUAUACAUCUGUGGACUUCUACAGAAGAUCAUUUUGAUUUACUUUUCAGAGUAAGGUUAAAGUGAUCAUAACUUUGCCUAAUUCCUUCACGCUGAUGAGCACCAACGUUUGCUUAAUUGAACAUGUGCUAAAACAAAAUCGCCGAAAUAAAAAAAAAUGGAUUACUCGGUUAUAAUUGUGUAGCAUGAUGUAGAACACAAAUAAUUUCAGAGAUUAUGUUUCAUGCACGACACUAAAAAAUAAGGUUUUCUGGUAUUAAGUUGUACUGUCCGAAUUUAAAUUAUUAAGACACUGCCUCCGGGCAUCGAUAGUGCAAAUUAGAAGGAUGAUCAUUAAAACAGCCAUUGUUUAAAACUGGCAGUAAUUUGUUAUGACCUGCUGUAAAAUCUUAUCUUUCACAAUUGAUUGCUUUUGGUAAGGUCUCGUUUGAAAACGUAUCAGUGUUUCUCUUUUGUUGUAGACAUUCAAGCCUCCAAGGAGAGAACACCUAAAAUGAGUAAACAGCUUUGUGUAGUCUGGCUAUUUUUAAGGAGGCUGCCAGUCGUACCCCUUCAGUAAUCGCCUUAAUUGAUUUGCGGCGUAAUCUUGAAAUUAUCUCGCAUACAGGGCAAAAUUUAAGCAGGCAGAAUGAUUUCGUACAAAGUAAGUCUUGUACUUUGCUUUAAACAACUGUUAAACUACCUUGUUCUUUUUCACUGAUGGAAUGUAACCUUUGCCUAGUCGUCGGGUUGGAACCGAAAGAAAAUAUAUCUCUGUCAUCAGGAUCAUUUUUGUUGAAGUAGUUUGUUAUGUUUCCACGCAUAUUUGGCGUGUUCGCUUGCAGGGCUAUCGCUCCUGGUUCUUAGUAACAGGAAGAAGGCUCAACGUGAAAAGCGAAACCUCCCGUUUAAAACAUUGCGCCGAGACUACUUCUGAAAUUCCAAGAAGCUCCUCGGUUCUAGGCAAAGUCAUUGACGAUUUUUAUACCUUUAAUAAUUUAACGCGAACAUAAGAUUCCACGCAAGAAACGUUGACGAAGAUGUAUUUGUACAUAGACUGCAAAACAGUCCGAGUGCGUAUUCAAGUACGCGUGAGCAGUCAAACAAAUAGGCCUGUAACGAGGCUGAAAACAGAGAGCGAGCCCUACGGGCGUGUGAGGCUCGCGCGCUUCGGGCGCGUUAGACUCUCGAUUUCUUAACUGAUUUUGGGAAAAAACCGACUGUUUUGCAAUCUUAUUUGCACGUGGAGAAAGUUGAAACUGGACUGUGAUCAUUUAGCAUUGAAAGAAGUUUAAGUUCCUUUUCUUUUCAGGAAAUCGGCGCGUUUCGUUUGAAGAGUUCCUGUCUAUCUUUAUGAAGGAGAAAAAGAACAGCAGAGAAGUGUCUGUACAGGAGUUUAUAGACACUCUGAACGUGUUCGAUAAGGACGGCGCCGGCAAAGUAUCAUCCGGGGAACUUCGUCACGUGCUAACGGCAUUGGGUAAGUACGUGCCGUAUUUAUUCGAUUAAACGCCGCAGCGUUUUUAUUAAAUUUCUAACGUUUCCAAUGCGGCGUUUAUUCAGGGGCGGCUUUUAUUUCGAAAUCACUGUUUUUAAAAAUCNUCCUCGGUUCUAGGCAAAGUCAUUGACGAUUUUUAUACCUUUAAUAAUUUAACGCGAACAUAAGAUUCCACGCAAGAAACGUUGACGAAGAUGUAUUUGUACAUAGACUGCAAAACAGUCCGAGUGCGUAUUCAAGUACGCGUGAGCAGUCAAACAAAUAGGCCUGUAACGAGGCUGAAAACAGAGAGCGAGCCCUACGGGCGUGUGAGGCUCGCGCGCUUCGGGCGCGUUAGACUCUCGAUUUCUUAACUGAUUUUGGGAAAAAACCGACUGUUUUGCAAUCUUAUUUGCACGUGGAGAAAGUUGAAACUGGACUGUGAUCAUUUAGCAUUGAAAGAAGUUUAAGUUCCUUUUCUUUUCAGGAAAUCGGCGCGUUUCGUUUGAAGAGUUCCUGUCUAUCUUUAUGAAGGAGAAAAAGAACAGCAGAGAAGUGUCUGUACAGGAGUUUAUAGACACUCUGAACGUGUUCGAUAAGGACGGCGCCGGCAAAGUAUCAUCCGGGGAACUUCGUCACGUGCUAACGGCAUUGGGUAAGUACGUGCCGUAUUUAUUCGAUUAA